AUGAAAAAAGAAUAUCACAUUAAAUGUCAUACAGAUCCUACUUCAGCAUCAUACAAAAUCAUAAAGGGAAUGAGAAUGGAAAUAGAACAAAUAUUAACAAAUAAAACUGGUUUACUGGAUCAGAAUGAAUCAUUAAUAGAUAUUAAGAGAGAAAUAGCUGAGCUACAAGAACAGAUAUCAGUAAUGAGUGUACAUAUACUAAAUAAAAGGGAAGAGAAUGAAGAAUUGAUGCAGGAAAUAAAAGAUUAUAAAAGAGAUACAUUGAAACUGGACCAGGAAAUAUCCAGUGAACAGACACUAGAUAAAAGAGAAGAGGAUAAACAUGUUAUUCAUCAAGAGAUAAAGGAACAGUUGGAUAGACUAAUGAUAACUGUGGAACCACAUCAAACUAAAGAACCAUCAAAUACCUCAAGAGAAGAGACUGGAGAGGUGAAGUGGACCAGUCGUAGUGUAUCCCUCAUUAAACCAUUAGCAGGUCAAUGUCAGGAAGUGAUCAGUCAAUUAACGGACAGUCAUCAGUACAUUGACCUCCAUCACUCAUCACCUGAUAUUGUAUACUUGAUGAUGUCUCAAGUACUAGACAUAAGAGCAAUAAAGGGGAUUGGUAUAUACAACACUAAAAUAACAAAAGAUGUCAUCCUCUUACUGUCUCACACAAUAACAAACAAUACUUCAUUAGUGGCACUAGGGUUCAAUGAUGAUUCCAUCAAUGAUGAUGGA